GCCGACGGCGCAUUGCUUCUCCCAAGGGGCCACACCGACGCCAGGACAUUUCACCCGAGGGGAUGUGAUGUUAGUUACCACUGAACGGAACACAGCGUGCAUCACGUAACUGUUUUGGGAGUUGCGUGGAUGCAGCCAUGGCGAUGCCGCCGGUGCGAGGACGCCGACAGGUUGUCCAGUUGAGCCAGGAGGAAUAUAUCAAGGCCCUGGACGACCAAAGGCGGCAGAAACCUACCAAGAGCGCCAUGCGAACGCACAACCCGACGGGCUCUCCAACCGACGGCACGCCAAAGGACAACGAGGUGCUAGCCCCGCCGGUGGCACCGACGGGACGGCGGCGGGUAACCCAGCAAAUGUCGCAGGAAGAGUACACCAAGUCGCUGGAGGAACAGAUUCGAUGGAAACAGAUGCGAACUGAAGCGGAAACGCUGGAUAGAAGGAAAACAUCUUCCGCGACAGACACCCCACUGAGCGACGCGACAAGGACGGGGGCGGGCAGCUUGCCGCUAGUGGCCGACGCCGGUGCUGGCCAUCGCGGUGGCCGUCGACGCGCUCACCAAGUGUCCCACGACGAGUGGCUGCGAUCGAUUCAGUCCCAGCUAGGCAGCAAACAGCACGCUAUGCAGCCAAGCACUGCUCAGGAUGGCAAGCCGGCCAAGCUAUCCCGCGAAGAUUGGAUCAAGAAGCUCGAGGCCGAAAUCGACAGCCCGCAACGUGUUGUUCCGCAGCAGCCGCCACCACCACAAGUGCCAACAGCCCCUCUAUCAUAUCAGGGUCACCUUGCAACACAUGACGGUCCCGCGGUCGAUGAUGACGUGGCCGCCAUGCCAGCACCAGAUCUGACGGAUCCGUCCGAGGUCGCCGAAGUACCAGAGGCCCUCGACGAUGCCCCUCCGUCACGACCGACGUCGUCCGAGUCCCCUGUCCGUUCCACCGACAAUGUAGCAAUGGCAGCCAUGAAGCCAUCCAAGAAGAAGGCGGAUGCAAAAGGCACACGGAACAAGAAGCAGCGCCAACUCGCCGAUGGAAAGCGCUCGCGUGCACGUGGGUCCGUCGCGACAAAGACCACCGAACGGCCGUCUCCUACUCUUGCGCCCCGCGACACGUCGUCCGACCAUCGAUCAUCGCGCUCGAGUCGCAACCAAAUCGCGUCGCCACGGCGCCAAGCGGACCCACGAACAAAACCAAACGAAGACCUGGCGGACAUUGUGCACGCGUACAAAGCCAUCAAACAACAGAACGAAGAGAUGAAGCGGCAGUUGGCCGAGCAGAGUCACGUGCUUCAACUCAUUCGCGAGCGCGUGCUGGACAAACCGCCCGUCGCCGCGAUCGCACAUCAAGAGCCACGUACUCUCGCAUCCGUCGCCACGACAACAUCUUCCCGUGAGAAGGAAGAUGGAAGCUCACCGCUUCGACUUUCCAAACCGCGACGAGUGAGUAAACUCGUUCCGCCGGGUCAAAUUGCAAAGACAGUGGCAAUGGCGUCACCACACCACUCUUAUCGAACACCACACACGUCAACCACGAGCAAUGCGAUCCGAGAGGUUGAGCUGCCUCCGCUGUCGAUCGAGCGACCACAUGCCCGACGCAACGACAUGCCAUCCCGUCCGCCCCAGGAACCGCCGCCGACUCCACCGAAACACCUCCCAAACGGUAUCCGUUCCAGCUGCGCGGAUGACGUGGCAGAGCAGCCACCCACGGUCAUCGCCCAGCCAGGCAAGGAUGUCCACCUGUCCAAACCAGUCAGGGCAGCAGCGAUGUGGCAGGAAUGCGAUGAACUGGGCCAAGGAGGGUCGAUGUUCUUUCCAGCGCUUGUGUCGUCUACACGGGCACAUGCAUGCAAAGAAACGGUGGACGAGCAAGAGCUGCAGGCCGACUCGGUGGAAGUGCUCGUGGAGUCGAGCACGAUGGUGCCUAUGCCUCGCCAUUUUUCCCUUGUCCAAGGACGAUAACUUAACGAAGACCAGUUGAUUGGCUUCGACUACUUGCUUCGAUGGCCUUUAGUUUGCGCUCUUUCCUUUGCUUGAACGUUUCGCCCUUUCGCUUGCGCACGCGUGUCCUCGGCGCAGUCGGGGCAGAUGCCGGUGGGGG